UACCACCAACACUGAAGUGGAAAUCUCAAGUGGAAGCUUUUUAUACAUCCUUAAGAGUCUGGACUUGUUCCUCUACAAACCAGGCAAAGAUGACCUUCUGAUGAACUUCCCAUAAAAACAAGCAGAGUGGAGUGGAUGAGUCUGAUGGGCAGAGGAGUUGGGAGGUGACCUUCACCUUCCAGCCCACACACAGCCCCUCCUGGGAGGAGAGUCUCUACAUUGAGCUCUAGAAGCUGCAGGCCUACAGAGAGGGAUGUCAUGAUGCUUUCCACCCCACACGCAGCACAAUUGGCGGUGACCACAAUAUGUCUUCCCCCCCUCCUGCUUCCACCCUCCACACCUCACUGCACAGCGCUGACUUCAGGUCUCCAAGGUUGUUUCCCAUCGGGAUGCAGCUUGUGUUGAACCACAGAUUUCACUUUCUGGAGCUGUUGUAAUGGAGUGCUACUCCGUAACCACUGGAGCUAUACAGGAAGCUGAUAUCAGAAACAGUGCAGAAGGGGAUGGAGGUGGGGAAACUCCCCCUAAGGCUUCUGAAGGAUGGAUACAACCUCCCAUCCCACGAUGCCCUGGCAGAGAUCCUACCAAAUAGGCGCUACCUUUUCAAGGGAGCGAAGACUGAGCUCCACAGAGCCCCCCAACAACAACAACAAAAGAGGCCAGCUGAGAGGCCAGAGGCUUCACAGGGCAACAGACCCAAAAUAAACCACACCUAUCAAGUACAUCAUCCACAUAAACGAACACCUUUGCAUGACUUUGAGGAUGAUUUCCACAUGGCAGAGAUCACCGAUCUCCAAACUAAGGAGGUGGAAAACUACCGUUCAGCCAUGAGUAAGAUGGCAGAAGACAUCAUAGUGCUGAGGACACAGGUGGUGACGUUGGAGUCAGAAAACAGCCAGCUCCGCACUAAUCUGUCUCUACAGCAGGACCUUGGCCGGGACCUGCUGGAUGACACCGACAUUGACGUCAUGACCAAGGCUGAGAUUUCUGACCGUAUAGUCUCUCUGAAAUUGAAGCUGGCCAGUGAGAUCAGUAAGGCUGCCUCUCAAAGGAACAGGAUCCAACAGCUGCAGAAUGACUUGAUCAAGAAAAAUGACAGUGAGAAGGAGCUACUAAAUCUUCAGAGAGUUCACCAGCUGCAACAGGAGGAUCUUCAGCGCCACCAGAGUUGCUUGGCAAAGAUAGCAACGUUGGAGGCCACAGUGAAACGGCAGGAAAAGGUCAUUGAGAAGAUGGAGAAAGCAUUGGAUGGCAAACUUAUAGAGAAGAUUAAGCAGACUGGUGACAAAAGGCUGGGGAUGAAAAAGCAAAGAGGUGAGAUUGACCAUAGAAAGGAAGAGACAGAGUCGGGCCUGGCAGCAGAAAACACUCGUCUCAGAGGAGACUUGGACCGGAUUCGCCAGCAGCCUUCCUCAGUCAUUAUACAGCAGCAAACACAGACAAAAGAAACAGUGCCACUCAAGGAGAGAUUGACUUUACUAAAUAAACUGGAGAGGGCCGAGGCAAGAGUCCAAACACUGGAGGCUCAGCUGGAGGAGAAGUCUAAAUUAUGGGGGAGACAGAAGCAAGAAAUGUUGACCAAACUGAGUGAGCACAGACACGGCUUUGUCCGGACGUCCACCAGAAUCCUUCAUAAUGUUCCUUCGAGGUCUGUAUCAGAGUUAUUGUAUCAGCAAAGCAGGCAAUUGAAAUACUGA